GCAAAGCCAGAAAAGUUUCUCCUCCAGCCGCCUCCGAACUUCAUCAUUAGUACAAAUUAAGAAACUAUUUUUCGCUUCUUUCUUUGAAGUGUUGUCAAUUCUGAAAGGGAAUAGCUUUUAUUUUUCUUUGUGAGAAGAAUUUUGCAAACAUAAAAUGUGAUACAUGGCUUUGAAAAAGUUAUUUUAGAGAACUAGUGAAUUAGAACAUUAUGUUUUACUUAAUCGAAAACACGUAAUUAUUUAUUCUUCCGCAAUUCUCUUGCAAGUUUGACGUGCCAUAACAUCAUAUGCUGACUACUGCUUUUUAUUUAGACUUUAGAAAAAUUUUGUGACAAUCAUCUGUAUGAACUGAGAGAAUUGUAUUUAAAAUCAUUCCAAAUUGUGUUGAUAGUGGAACAAUGAGCAAUACUUUAUUAUUUCACUUCAGUGUGUUCGUUUAUUUGUUGCAACUGUUAUGUUGCUCAACUGCACAAGAGUAUGGAACGACAUUAACAUUAAAACAAGGACUAGUCAUUGGUAGGAUUUUAAAGACUUCAAAUGGACGAGAUUUUUAUGCUUUUCGAGGAAUACCUUAUGCCACACCGCCGAUAGGUCUACUCAGAUUUAAGGAACCGCUCAUGUACCCAGGCUGGGCAGGUACUUUGGAUGCUCGAGAUUAUAGGUCUGCCUGUCCACAGUGGGACUCUCAAGGACGAAUGAAGGGCGCCGAGGAUUGCUUGUUCAUCAAUGUGUUCACUCCAGGACUACCGACCACUGGGACAUUUUCACCUGUAACAUAUCCAGUAAUGAUCUUCAUUCAUGGCAAUUUUGAAGAAGGUUCAGCCAAUAUUUAUGGUCCAGAGAAACUCAUGGACAAAGGUGUCAUCCUUGUCACCUUCAACUACAGGAUUGGUUUAUUUGGUUUCUUAAGUUCCGGGGACGACGUCUGUCCGGGCAACAUGGGGAUGAAGGACCAAGUCCUGGCCAUCCGCUGGGUCCGGGAGAACAUCGACCGCUUCGGAGGUGACCCCAACGCCAUAACACUCUUUGGACAAGGAGCUGGAGCUGUGAGCGUUUUCUUGCACAUCCUAUCUCCUCAGAGUCAAGGGCUAUUUAAUAGAGCCAUCAUGCAAAGUGGUUCUGCAUUGUGUGAUUGGGCAUUAGAAGGUGAUCCUUACAACUUUGCCCGAGAGGUAGCGCAACGGCUCAGCUGUCCAACAGAUUCCUCAUCACUAGUAGAUUGCAUGCGUCAAAAACCAAUACUAGAUAUUCUAAAAGCGCAGAAAGAUAACAAGAUAUUCGGAGAUUACCCUCUUCGGUCUGUUCCUGUUGUAGAGAAAGCGGGAGACAACGCUUUCCUCCCUGAUACUCCCCAAAAUCUCCUGAAUGCAGGAAAUUUCCGACGAGUUCCUCUGAUGGCGGGCAUCAACAAGGACGAAGGAGCCUUCUUCUAUCCAUUGCUUCUUAAUACAUACCGCGACGCUCUACGAGAAAAUCCAAGCUUCUUGAGAACACACCUGUUACCUAUGUUCGUUCUAACAACUACUAACAUCAGAGGAAAUGUGGAUUCAGUAGCAGAGACCAUGGUUUUCGAGUAUUUUAAUCGCAUCAAUCAUUCCAAUGUUUCUCAAGUGUUACAUCCUUUCAUAAAUAUGUCGACUGAUGCCAUGUUUGUCGCUUGCAACGAUAUCACAGUACAUAACUAUGCAGCUACCGGUGCUCAGGUGUACAUGUAUACAUUCGAGUACAGAGGAGAGAACAGCCUUGUUGAAAUAGAUUAUGGAACGCCUCUAGCUUAUUUUGAUCCAGGGGUGUCACAUGGCGAUGAGUUAUUAUAUUUAUUUAAUCUGGAUGUGGACGGAUUAAGGCAACCUUCUUUGUUGGACAAUUUGGUAAGCGGACGUAUGGUUUCAUUAUGGACGGAUUUCGCAAAGUUUGGAGAAGCACCACAAUUCGUCAACUAUGAGUACCCGAAGUGGGAACCUUAUCGACCAGAAACCCAAUCCUACUACAGAAUAGAAAGGGACCUCCGAACUGAAUCCUUUUACAAGCAGCGUGCCGUUGACAUGUGGACGAGGCACCUUCCAUCACUAGGGCAUGACAAAUCCAACAAACAGUCCAUUGAUUCAAGACAAACGCGCAGAAAGUCUUUACAGAACUUUGGCUUGGGCGAUGGUCUCCGUUUCGAUUGCCUUGUUGGUGGUAGUCAUUGUCUUGUUAGUCGUACUUUAUAAUCAAAAAAGGAGUCAAAGUUUCAAAGCUAGUACAGAAAAUCAGUCCAGACUUUCCGGAUCUACUCUUUAUUAAGAGGAAGUGUCAGAAUAUUUCCUUGUGUACUUUUUGUUAUUCUUACGGUAUUCUAUUAAUGUCACAGGACACAAGACGAAAUUCUACAUUUUUAGGAUGAAUAGAUCUUUAUACAAGUUUCUCUUCUAACUACCCCAUUAUUUUAAAGUUUUUUUAACGACAACUCUAAGGACGCUAAAUUUUAUUCACAUUAUUGUUCUAUUUCUUUAUUAUUGGGCUGCGCGUCGAUUAAUGGCAGAAAUUCCACAGAUAGGUGUGGGAUAAUAUAUAGUGUAUGCAUAUAUAUAUAUAUAUAUAUAUAUAUAUAUAUAUAUAUAUAUAUACACACAAGUAACA